CUCUGCCCUGCCAUCUGCUGCUUCUCAUCAUUUCAAUAAAAUAAAAUUAAAAUAAAAAAUUUACCCAAAACAAAAAUCCCUCUCUCUCUUCUCUCUUCAUUUCUCCAUUGUUGAAUCAAUCAAAUUUCUUCUACUCUUCCUCCUCCUUUCUCUGUCAUUUUCUCUCUCUAAAAACCAUCUUUUUCUGAAAAGGAAAACAGAAAAUUUAAAGAGAAAGAUGGAUGGGUGGAUGAUGUGUGCUUUUUAUUCUUUUGGGUCUCUCAAAAUUCGUUUCAGUUUUUUGCUUUAUUAAUUCAAUGGCAGAAGGAAGAAUCUAGGGUUCCCAUCCUCUGUUUUUUCGAUCCUGAUUUCCCUCCUUUUCUUCUUCUUGAUCUUCUGUUUCUCUGUUGUUAUGCUUAAUUUCAGCUAGGUCUUUCAGAUUUGGCGAUUUUGCUCAUUUGGGUCUUCUCUUUUUGGGAAGAUAGUGAUGGAAGAGGUUGAAGAAGCUAAUAAGGAAGCUGUUGAGAGUUGUCAUAAAGUGUUGAAUCUGUUGACUGUGGCUUCCUCGUCUCAAGAUCAGUUGAAGCUUAGGAGUUGUUUAAUGGCGGAAACUGGAGAGGCUGUGUUUAAGUUUAGGAAAGUUUUGUGUCUUCUUGAUUCUUCUGGGUUGGGUCAUGCAAGGGUCAGGAAAAAGAAGGUGGUCAAGAACUUUCUGUUUAAUUCCUCCUCUUCCCAUUUUCCUCUUCCCCAAUCUAUGUUCUUAGAAACUUCUUCCCCUAAUUGCAGAAUGGACCUUCUCCAGGGCAGGAAUUUGCAGACGGGUCCUCUUUGUUUAGGGAAGCCAUCUUUGGAAUUGAACCCAAAUGGCAAAAGUUGUUCAAUCCAACAAAUACAAUCUCAAUCUGCUGCUCUUUAUCAUCAUCACUUGCUUCAGAACAGGGCGUUGUUGAACAAUAAUCCUAAUCCUAAUCCUAAUCCUCCACAGCCUGAAAUGGUGUAUCUUAGGAGCAAUAGUAAUGGCAUUAACUUGAAUUUUGAUAGCUCUAGCUGCACACAACACACAAUGUCAUCCACUAGGUCGUUUAUUUCUUCAUUGAGCAUUGAUGGGAGUGUGGCUAACUUGGAUGGGAGUGCCUUUCAUUUGAUCGGGGCGCCCCGGUCUUCCGAUCAGAAUUCGUAUCAUAAGAGGAAAUGCAGUGGGAGAGGGGAAGAUGGGAGUGUUAAAUGUGGAAGCAGUGGGAAAUGUCACUGCUCAAAAAAGAGGAAACAUAGAGUAAAGCGAUCGAUUAAGGUGCCCGCGAUAAGUAACAAGCUUGCAGAUAUCCCUCCUGAUUAUUAUUCAUGGAGGAAAUAUGGCCAAAAGCCAAUCAAGGGUUCUCCUCACCCAAGAGGAUACUAUAAGUGCAGCAGCAUGAGAGGCUGUCCAGCAAGGAAGCACGUCGAGCGGUGUCUCGAGGAACCUUCAAUGCUCAUUGUUACAUAUGAAGGUGAACACAACCAUCCUAGAAUACCUUCUCAACCUGCAAAUACUUGAACCCCAUGAAGACAACUACCCGAAGCGGAUUCAAAAACCUCCGGUCAAUGUAGUAAAAUGGUGACAAGCCUCCCGAGUGUUGCUGUACAUAUGGAAUACUUUUGGAGCAGCUUUGUAGCUUUUUUGAGAGGUGGGGGUGUCCUUGCAAGAGCCUCAUUUAAUCCAUUUAGCAAGAAGUCAGAAUUUAGGAAAAGCCUGGUCAUGGUGAGUUAGACUGAAGAGAAUUCUGUGGAUUGGGAUGUGAAUGUAAAAUCUUGAAAACUUUCAUCCUUCUCUGCAAUUAAUGCUUCAAACAGCUUUGUUAUUCUAAAUGAAUGGAGAAGUCCUAAUUUGGAAAUUCAGGGUUUUGUAUUAUAUAUAUUUGUCCCUGAGUAUUGAUCCUUUGACUUUCAAAUA